UUUUCUGUUUUGUCCUCCUCCACCAGAGCAUCUCCAGCUCUGCCGUUCUGCAGCGACGCAACCAGCGCUCCUGUCCUCGUUCAGAGGCAGCAAAGUGGGUCAGCGCAGCGCCGCAGACACCAGCCGGGCCGCCGGUGGGGAUGGCGUCGCUCAGCCGCAGGCGCGGAGCGUCCAGGAGCGGCGUGGUGGAGAAGAGGAACCUGCUCACAGUGUGCAGGUUUUCAGUGAAGACCCUGCUGGAUCGUUCUUGUUUUGAAACCAUCGACGACUCUUCGCCAGAGUUUGUUAACUUCGUGUCCAUCCUGGAGCACAUCCUCAGUCAUCGGCUCAAAGGUCAGACCACAUGGUUUGGUUACGAGAGUCCUCGGAGUUUCUGGGAUUACAUAAAAGGGGCCUGCAGUAAAGUGCCUCAUAACUGCAUCCGAAGCAUCGAGAGCAUGGAAAAUGUACGAUCAUCAAGAGCAAAGGGCAGAGCAUGGAUCAGGGUUGUUCUGAUGGAGAAGCGACUUUCAGAGUACAUUUCAUUUGCUCUGAAGGACUUCAAAACCACAAGGAGGUUUUUUGAGGAAGGAGCGAUCAUGCUGGGAGAAGAGGCAGGACUGCUGGCAGACACACUCAUCGGCCUUAACACCAUUGAUUUCAGUUUCUGUCUAAAGGGGGAGGGUCUGGACGACAGCUGCCCUGCUGUCAUCGACUACACCCCUUACCUGAAGUUCACACAGAGUGCAGACAGCAUCAGCAGCGAUGAGGAGGAGAUGAGGACUCUGGGAAGUAGCGGCAGUGAGAGCAGCACUCCUGACAAGACGGCCACCGCUGCAUCAAUCUUCACAGAGCAGAGCACUUUGUUUAGCAAGUGCAAACGCUUUGAGCAGAAGUAUCGCAUGGCUCUGGAGCAGAAGGGUUACCUGGAAGAGUUGGUUCGUCUACGGGAAGCCCAGCUGUCAGAGGCCGUUUCUCACAACAAAGCCCUUCAUCAGAGCCUAGCAGACACACAUCUCUCCCACACACUGGAGAAACAGCAGCUUGAGUAUAUCAUAGUGGAACUGCAGAACCAGCUGACUGUGCUGAAAAACAACGAUUUGCGUUCCAGGCAGGAAUUAACAGCCCAUCUGACCAAUCAGUGGCCGUCUCCAGAUGCCUUGGAUGCUAAUGCUGUUGCCUUGGAUACGCUGCUGUACAGGAAAAGCACCGGGCAAUGGGAGGAAAAGAGUUUCCAGAGUCUGGAGCAGCUGUCUGCAGGGAUGAGCCUCACAUCAAACACACAAGGUAAAGAGGAAACGCCGUCUCUCAGAGGUCUGUGUGGCUCACUGACCUCCGUAGCCAGCUAUAAAUCUCUGGCCAGCUUGAAGUCCAAUGAGUGUUUGGCCAGCGCUGCGACAGAGUUUAGCAGCCCGGGUGUUACUCCAUCAUAGGAUUUAUGACGGCUCAUCAGAUCAAGCAAUUCAGGAACUUUGCUCAUGCCAGUGAUGCUGAUAUUAUUUCUUCUGUUUCUAAAUGUGGAGCGUGAGCUGAAGAUGACCUGAUGGCACUAAGAGACUGAACAUUGUCCCAGCUUUGUCAAGUGUUCAAAUUAUGUUGCUGCUUUUCUGUGUAGCUUUAUUUCUCCCCAGCUUUGGAAACAAAGUGAAUCGAUUUUAAAGAUGCAGUAUCAAUUCCCAUCUCCUGUUUCAAUGUUGCAAAGAUGAUUUUUAGAGAUUACGGCAAAUUACUCAUCAGAACACAUCAGAUCUGUUGCUACUUUCCUGCAGCCUGAAUGGAGCACUGCUCUGGUUAAACUACUGGGUGUUUAAUUAAGAUGUUUGUCUGUGUUUCUUUUUUUUAAAAUCAGUGUUGUUUGAUAUCGUCUCUCAAUUCUGUUCUCAGGUAACCACCCCGCACCUAUGUAUUCUCAUUAAAUACCAAGAUGCGGUAUUUCAGUUUUAUGGUUAACUAUUGGUUAAUUAUAUAUAAUCUGUUUUUAGAUGUCUGCAAUGGAGCACAUGCAAAACUCAAAACACCUGCAUCAGGACAUCAGUAUGAAGUCAUUUGAAUUCAUUGUCACUAGCUGUUCACUUCAGCACUUACAGUAUUUGCCUUAGGCCUAUUCCAGCAGACAUUUGCACAGACAUCAAACUGAUAUUUUUGUUG